AGGGGGGCCCGAUCACUUUAUAAAGUCUAAAAUCAUAUUCCAUUUCUCACAAAAUACACACUCUACCAAAAAGAAAAGAGUAGUGAAAAACAAAUAGAAGCAUGAAGUUCCUCGUAUACAUGAUAAUUUCCCUUCUCUUUCUUUCUCAAUACUCAAAUGGCUCCAAUCUUAUCAUUCAAUCUUGUAAAGAAGCCUCCAAGAAUGACCCAAAUUUAAGCUAUGAUUUUUGUGUUAAAUCCCUUAAGGAAGCUGCUUCCAAGGACAAAACACAACCAACCAACCUUGAAGAUCUUGUGAACAUGUCAAUCAACCUAACCAAGUCCAAUGGAACCAAUAUCAUGUCCAAAAUUUCAAAGAACUUAAAAAACCAAAGUUAUGAUGAUUAUGUUAAGGGUUGUCUACAAGAUUGUCUUGAUCUUUACGAUGAUUCCCUUUCAUCUUUAGAUAAAGCUAUGGUUGCUUUCAAUAAAUCAAAGGAUUUGAACACGGCCAAUGUCGAAGUAAGCGCCGCCAUGGAUGAUUCGGUUACAUGUGAAGAUCAGUUCAAAGAAAGAAAAGAGAAAAAUGAAACUUCUCCUUUAACAGAAGAGAACCAUGUUUACUUCCAACUCAAUGCAAUGUCUCUAAGUUUCAUCACUAUGAUUGAUCAACACAACUAGCUUGCUAGCAACACUCUCUUGAGAUUGAGAAUAAGCAUAUACAAGCAGUGUUGUGACUCAUGUGAAAAUAAUUUUACUAGUUUCAUGUAUGAAAUAAAUUGAGUUGUCAAUGAAAGUUAGAGAUGAAAAAUAAAUAAAUUUGAUCUCUACUUUAAAUAUUAUAGCUUGAUUUCAAUUUUUCGUAUCCAAAUUUUGUAUAUAACUCAUCUUUUCAAAGUUAUAUACGUUGAUGCUAUAUAUAUAGUUCUUUAUUUGUUAGAA